CCUGGCCGUCACAUCACGUUACGACACGACACGCGCAGCGUUACGUUGCGUUGCACUGGCCUCACGUUGGAGAUUGACUCAGGAACAAAUACAAGUGACGGACGGCGCUUAAAUAACAAGUUUUCCGCUGGUUCCCGCCACCUGUCAAAAAGGCGAUAGCCACUGCGUGCCGUGUGUUCCUCUCCUGUCGCGUCCGUCGUUGAAUUCCGGGGCCAAGUCCUGGUUUGUCGUCCGUUGGCCCAGUGUUGGUUAUAUAAGCCAGGCGAAAUCGCUGGCAGUCCCCAAAAAACUUCCUGCAGCGCAGAAAAAAGUAAAAGAAUAGCAGUAGGAUGGCGCCUAUUCAAGCACCGUUAUCAACCGUACUUAAGCACUAACAAAGAAAAUAACACCCACAAACACGCACAGGCACGGCACAGGCAAACCACCACCACAGCAAACAGCGAACAGCAACAGCAACAGCAUCAAUAUCCCACCCAGUGUGGGGUGAAGCAUGAACCGUUUUUCUAUGCAACGAGAAUGACGAUGAAUGAAUAACUAACGGUGUAGUUACGUGAACAGUCCACAGGGGGCGCUAGACGCAUCAUCACGAAGACAAUUCGAAGCAAAUUAAAAAAGAAAGCGCACAUUUAGGCAGCACCCAACCACACUCUUGCACUAGCACAGUAUCCCCAAGCCACACAUAAACAUAUUCCGCACCCAACACACAACACCCAACGCAAAGAUUUACCAACAAUAACCGUUUCAAAAUCACCGUUCGAAUCAUGGCCAACACAGCACAGCUAUUGCGCCGUCAGAGCUCCAGGGACAUUGUGCUAAAAAGCCAGAAGAGCAUCGAUCAGCUAGAGUUGCGGGAGCUCCGUGGGCGUCUGGUGUCCAAGGAGCAUGGCGUCGGCCACCAUCAUCACACAUCGCUGCACCACCACCAGCCCAUGUAUGGUGCCACCAACCAGGGCUUCAUGUCGGACGCCUUCGACGAGUCUUCCGAGCUGGAGCAGGAGCCGACAUUCGGCUCUGAGGCCAGCACCAGCAAGGCCAAGGCCGAGCUGGUGGCCGGCGCUUUGGAGCAGCAGCAGGAUAUCGUUGAGGGGGAGAAGGAGGGCGAGGAGCGCGAGAGUUGGGACAGCAAAAUCAUGUUCCUGCUGGCUACCAUUGGAUAUGCGGUGGGUCUUGGCAACGUGUGGCGCUUCCCCUACCUGGCGCAGAAGAACGGAGGCGGAGCCUUCUUGGUGCCCUACUUCAUCAUGUUGUGCAUCCAGGGAAUACCGAUCUUCUACCUGGAGCUGGCCAUAGGACAGCGAUUGCGCAAGGGGGCGAUCGGCGUGUGGAGCCAAGUUUCGCCAUACCUGGGCGGUAUCGGCAUCUCCUCAGCGGUGGUCAGCUACAUAGUGGCCCUCUACUACAACACGAUAAUAGCCUGGUGCCUGAUCUAUCUACUACACAGCUUCGAGUCGCCUCUUCCGUGGGCCGACUGCCCAACCCGACUGUAUUCGAACUACACCUACGACCAUGAGCCGGAGUGCGUGGCAUCUUCGCCGACGCAAUUCUACUGGUAUCGCACCACGCUGCAGUGCUCAGAGAGCGUGGAUAUGCCGGAGAACUUCAACUACCACAUGGCGAUUGCGCUGAUGGUGUCAUGGUUCCUGGUCUACAUCUGCAUGGUCCAAGGGAUAACUUCCUCCGGCAAGAUCGUCUACAUGACAGCGAUCUUUCCCUACGUCGUGCUCAUCAUCUUCUUCUUUCGCGGAAUUACACUCAAAGGCGCCUCGGAUGGGGUGGCUCAUCUGUUUACGCCGCGCUGGGAGACGCUGCUCGAUCCCGUCGUCUGGCUGGAGGCCGGCACCCAGAUCUUCUUCUCCCUGGGCCUUGCCUUUGGCGGCCUCAUCGCGUUCAGUUCAUACAAUCCGGCCAACAACAAUUGUUAUCGGGACGCCCUGCUCGUCUCGCUCACCAACUGUGGCACCUCAAUGUUCGCUGGCGUUGUCGUAUUUUCGGUGAUUGGCUUCAAGGCCACGGCCACGUUCGACCGCUGCACGGAGGAGAGGAACGGCCUGAUGGCCAUGAAUCGCACCCAGAAUCUGCCCGUCUGCGAUCUGCAGCGAGAGCUGGCCAAUAGUGCCUCCGGCACUGGCCUGGCAUUCAUAAUCUUCACGGAGGCGAUCAAUCAAUUUCCAGGCGCGCAGCUCUGGGCCGUGCUCUUCUUCCUGAUGCUCUUCACGCUGGGCAUCGACUCGCAGUUUGGGACGCUCGAGGGUGUAGUCACCUCGCUGGUGGACAUGAAGCUCUUUCCCAACCUACCCAAGGAGUACAUUGUGGGGGGUCUGUGCGCCACUUGCUGCCUGAUCUCCAUGUGCUUUGCCAACGGAGCUGGCAGCUACAUAUUCCAGCUAAUGGACAGUUUCGCCGGCAAUUUCCCUCUGCUGGUCAUCGCCCUAUUUGAGUGUCUGUCGAUCAGCUAUAUCUAUGGAGUGCGACGGUUCUCGGAUGACAUCGAGAUGAUGACCGGCUCGAGGCCGAGCUUCUAUUGGAUGUUCUGCUGGAAGUAUUUGUCACCCUGCGCCAUGGUCACCAUUUUGCUGGCCUCCUUCUAUCAGCUCCUCACCGAGGGCAGCAGCUACCCAGCCUGGAUUGCGGCCAAGGGCUCCACCGAUUCCAUGGAGUGGCCGCAUUGGUGCAUAGUUGUAGCAUUCUUCCUCAUCCUCUCGUCGAUCUUAUGGAUACCCAUUGUGGCGGUGCUGCGACUGUGCGGCAUUAAGGUGGUAGAGGAUUCCGAUCCGGCCUGGUUCCCCGAAGCCGAGCUCAGAGAAGUCCACGGCAUCGUACCACACGAACCGACAGAGCUGGAGCGCAGCAUAUUCUGCUUCAACAUGGACGGCACGGAGGGCAUGUGCUGCCCCAAAUACGGACUGCCCGAGAAGUCCCUCGAGGAGGAGGAGUAAGCUUAUAAGCUAGCCCAUAAAUGCACCCAUCAAAAGCCAUCAAAGGAGUCAUCAGAGAGGGGGCACCAACCAAGAAGACAAUAAGAAAGCAAAUAAGAACAUGCUUCAAAAAUUAGCCAUUGAAAUGUAAUGUAAAUAUGGACAAUAACUGAGCCUCUCACCGAUGAUAAAAUGCGUCGAUAUCUACACUCCUAUAUGGUCCCAAAGACUGUUCAACCGUUCAAAAAAACCACAGCGGCAAUACACAAAAAAUGUAUGUGUUUACAUACAAAUGUAUAAAUACUCGUAACAACUCGUAAAAGGUGGCCAAGACGGUGAAAACUCGGCGCGGAUGCGCGGUUUCAUUGAAGUAGAGAAGAAACGAAAUCUAUAGAAAUAUUUCCGCAUAACUUCGUUAGCAUGAAAAUGUAUAAAAGGCAAACGUAUGCGGGGCAUAGGCAAAAUCAUAACUACAUAUGUAUGUAUAUGAUUAUAAUUAUUAUUUUCGUUUUCCAUAUCAUUCGAUUGGUCUCUGCACCGACUGGAUAAAAAGGGGCAGCGAUGUUUAUGUAUUCCGCUUUUUAGCACGAGUAUGGCCAACCUUUAUGGGACAUAUCCGAUUCGGUACCGGUGCAUGCCAUAUUUGAUUGAAGAACGAAGAGAAACUGAAUGCAAAGUGAAAUUGAGUGUCUGCUGAUUACUUGCUGACUAUAUCGGAUAUACACACAGAUGAAUAUAUAAUAUGAUAAAUUUACAAAUACGAUUAUGUACUUAUGUAACUGUGCUACACAUUCUAGUAUAGGUCUAUUUGUGUGGACAAUAUUUGCUUUGACUCGAUUAAUGUUAAGCCGGACAGACUAUGAGUUAACCAUAUCAUGCGAGCAUAGAGCACCACCUAUAAGAUAUGUAUACACACGCACACACACACACACACACACACUAUAUACACACUAUACUCGUAUAUAUGUAUGUACCUACUACCUACCACAGUUCAUUCUCCGUUGUGAUCGGCUCUGCUUUCUGUGUUUGUUGUUAUUAAUGUUAAUGUAAUAAUGUUGAUGUUAUAAGGCAAAGUCAUAUCAGAUCCUAAACUACAAUUUAAAGUCUCAAUGUUAUAAAAGAGUUACGGCAAAAACAAAAUACUUAUUAUCACACAUAUUGGAUAGUCAUAUUUGUUCUGUUUUGCUAAAACCGAAAGUUAUAUCAGAAUAAUUACUUGUUGAUUACCGAUCAUUGGCAUCAUGUCACUCCGCCUCAGGCACUACUAACUGCAUAAAUAUAUAUAUUUACAUACACACACACAUACAUACAUCGAUAUGAAUACGCAUAUAAACAAAUCGCAAUCGCAACCGUUCAACUAGCCGAGAAACGUAGGUGGAAAUGAGGCUUUAUAUAAGUACAUGCAAAUACAUACACAUAUACAUAUGUAUACAUAACUGAAGAUGAAAGCCUCUGCAUGGCAUUGAGAAGUAUUCAUAUACCCACACGAAGUAUACAUCCAUAGAUACAAAUUAAUGUGAGUUCAAAUGAAAUUAGCUCUUGAUUUCACUGUAUUAUAUAUAUUUAUUAUACACUCAUUUAUGGUAUACAUGUAUAUUUAUAAAUAUAAAUCGGUGUGUGCAUACCUAUACGCACAUCUACUAAGUGUUAUUGAUGUUUGACAAUAAUGAAACCCAUACGAAACGAGUUUUAAACACCAACAAUAUACAAUUAAAACGAAACAAAAUUAGAUACAAGCAUACGAGUACGUGUAAAUGUAUACACACAACGUUCUACGUCUCCGAAAGAACUCAACCCAAAGAAAUACGAGUACAGAAAAUCCAGCCCACAGCUCGCGAUAAUGCCAAUAUCU